AUGGGGCGCUUGUCGAGCCAAUACAGAAAUAAAAGUUAUCCAUUGCCUCCCGAAUUUGGAAAUCCUUCAAACUUGGAAACGUUGAGAGAAAUCUUAGACCGUACGUCUCCGCAAGAUUUACAAAAGGAG